UCUAUCUAUCUCGUGAGUCGGCUCAUCAUGGCUUCGCGGAGACAUCUCUCCAUGUUUUCUCACUCCCCGACCCUCUUCUUCCUCCUCUUCUUCGUCUGUGUAAAUGCCACCCUCGCGUUUGCAGUCGAUUACAUCUCCUCCAACCACAGUCUCUCCGGAAACCAGACCAUCACCUCCCCGGGUGGCAACUUUGUGCUCGGCUUCUUCCAAGUAGGUGAACAGAGUCCCAGCCGCCACUACAUAGGCAUCUUAUUCAAGAAGGUCUCGAAGCUUACUCCGAUCUGGGUAGCAAAUAGAAACAAUCCCGUAUUCGACCCAGCCACAUCUCAGCUCAAGAUCUCCGAUGACGGCAACUUGGUACUCCUCGGCCAGUCUGAUGCACAAGUUUGGUCCACCAACCUCACGUCCACGGCCUCCAACGCCACGGUCGCUGAGAUCCUCGACUCGGGAAACCUUAUCCUCAGAGACUGGUCUGACCCAUCCAAGCUCCUUUGGCAGAGCUUUGAUCACCCAACUGAUACAUGGCUCCCCGGGGUAAAGUUUGUGAUGAACAAAGUGACCGGAAAAGGUCCAGUCCUCACUUCAUGGCGGAACUCCGAUGAUCCUGCUGCUGGCAUCUUCUCCGUGGAGUUGGAUCCUACCGGUCUAACCCAAUUCAUUCUACUGUGGAACAGGUCUAAGCAGUACUGGAGUACAGGGCCUUGGAAUGGGCAUUUCUUUAGCUCGGUCCCGGAGAUGACGGCCUACCGUCAGGAUCCGACGGUGGUCAACGUCUCUGUCGAGUUCUUCUCCAACUCCACGACCAACUACUUCGUGUAUGAACUCAGGGGCGACAUGAUCACCAGAACCAUAUUAGACAUCUCGGGGCAGCUCACUCAACUUGCUUGGGUGGAAGAAGCCCAGGAGUGGAUUAGGUUCCUGGCUCUGCCCAAGAAACAGUGCGAUGUCUACGCUCUCUGCGGGCCUUUCGGCAGCUGCAACGAGAACGGCUUACCAUUCUGCAGCUGCAUCAAAGGUUUCAGCGAGAAGUCCCCCGUGGACUGGCAAUUGGGCGAUCGACGCCAGGGAUGCGCGAGGAACACCCCGUUGCAGUGCGGCAAAGAUGACAGGUUCUUUGCCAUCUCUGGUACCCAACUGCCGGAUGAUCCCCGUUCGCUAGCAGCUGCCAGUGUCGAGGAGUGCGAAUUGUUGUGCUUGCAGAAUUGUUCGUGCACUGCUUAUUCCUACGAUGGCGGAUGUUCUGCCUGGUAUGGUGAUCUGCUGAAUCUCCAGGAGCUGUCUGAUGGAUCCAGGCGAGAAACAGUGUAUGUACGUUUAGCUGCUUCGGAGCUGCCGAUGCCCGGGAGAGAGACAAGAAGGACCCUCAAGCUCGUGGUGGUUGGUGCUGCCGUUGCUCUCGCUCUCUUGGCUUCUGCCCUGGUGCUGUUCUUGAGACAACUUGGGAAAAGAGAACUUGGUACUGACGAAGCAACGGAGGGUAAUCUGGUGGUCUUCAGGUAUGGUGACUUGCAGCGGAUGACCAGGAACUUCUCGGAGCGGUUGGGCGGAGGAGGUUUCGGUUCAGUGUUCAAAGGGACUCUGCCUGACUCCACUCUCAUCGCUGUAAAAAAGCUCAGAAGCCUUGUACAUCAAGGGGAGAAGCAAUUCCGCAACGAAGUGAGCACUCUGGGAAUGAUUCAACAUGUUAACCUGGUUCGUCUUCGUGGAUUCUGCUCCGAAGCCAACAAGAGGUUGCUGGUUUACGAUUACAUGACGAAUGGUUCUCUAAACACGCAUCUGUUUAGUAAAGGUUCCCCGGCUAUGGCCUGGUUGACAAGGUAUAACAUCGCCAUCGGAACAGCUCGAGGAUUAGCUUAUCUGCACGAGCAAUGCAGGGACUGCAUCAUACACUGCGACGUGAAGCCGGAGAACAUACUCUUGGACGAAUCCUUUCACCCGAAGCUGGCCGACUUCGGCCUGGCAAAGCUCGUAGGCCGAGACUUCAGCAAGGUCUUGACCACGAUGAGAGGAACCGUGGGCUACCUCGCUCCAGAAUGGAUCUCCGGCGAGGCCAUCACCCCCAAAGCCGACGCCUACAGUUACGGGAUGACACUCUUGGAACUCAUUUCUGGGAGAAGAAACACGGAGCAAUCCCGGGAAGACGAUCCCUUCUUCCCCGUGUUGGCUGCGACGAAGUUGGUGGAAGGUGACAUUCUUAGCCUGUUGGAUCCGCGGCUGCAUGGAAACGCCGACAUAACAGAGCUUGAGAGAGCAUGUAGAGUUGCGUGCUGGUGCAUUCAGGACGAUGAAGCCCACAGGCCAUCGAUGGCGCAGGUUGUUCAGAUUCUGGAGGGUGCUCUUGACGUUGACAAGCCUCCGACGCCAAGGAAACUCCAAGCUCUCUUGGAUGACAGUAACACCAAAUGCUUCUCCUCAGACUCCUCUUCAGGCCAGGGUUCCACGAAGGCACUCUCGACUUCUCUGAUAGAGACCACGUCUUUGAUCAGUUCUGAAGGCUAAAGAUGAUGUAGAAUUGUGUUGGUGUUUGAUGUGUAUAGAACUAGUAAAUUUCUUUCAGAUGGGUUGAUCUUGA